UAUAGUCUACGCAGUCUACGGCAAUAUACCACAGAUUGUCACAAAAUUUUAUUCUACACUACACAAUAUUUUGACUCGGAUUGACAGAAGACAAGUAAAUGUAUUCUCUUCGGUUGCCAAAGUCUUGAAAAUCUGAAUGGCGAGAAGUUCAUUAUUUUUUGGCUCUUAUAAGUUCCAUUUCUUUGCAUUGGAAUAAAUACUUUCUUAAAAUUUUGUCCUCAAAGUAUCAUCCAUUCCUCUAGCACAGCGUCUGUUAUUAUUUAUGUAAAUAAAGGUUAUUUUGGAAAUAUUAUGUAAAGAAAGCCAAAAUGAUGACUGAUAACGAAAUCGACGAGGCUUUAUCCUCGUUAGACAUGUUGAUGUCUGAGUUCUUUGCGCCAGCCACAAGUAACUUUAGGAAAAGGGAGAUUGAGAGUAUGCUCGAGAACUUCUCGAAUCGCAGCGACUCCUGGAAACAUUGUUUGUUGUUCUUACAAAAGUCUCAAAAUCAGUAUGUUUUGAUGUUUACAUUGACCACAUUAGAGAACAUAAUCAAUCGGCAAUGGAUCAGUCUAUCAGACAAUGAUAAAACAGAGAUUCGUCUGACACUAUGGAAUGAGUUGUUAGCUAAACAUGAAGUUAUGGUAUAUUUUAUCAGAAAUAAGCUAGCUGCUCUCAUGGUGUCUAUAGCUAGAUAUGACUGGCCUCAUUUGUAUAAUGAUUUCUUCAGCAACAUUGUUGAGUUGAUUAGAUGUGAAGGUCGUCGUUGUCUGCUGGGCCUGGUGUUGGCGCAAGCCGCGAGUGAAGAGCUCGGGGCGGCGCGAGACACGGGCGUGUUGCUGCCCUCCGCACGCAGGAAUCAACUGGAGAGACUUAUGCUAAAGGGAAUGCCACAACUCUUAUGUGCUCUGAGUGAUAUUUUGGAAAAAAACGCACAAAAAGAAGGUCAGUCCAAUCCACCACCAUCACCAACCAAUGGUUUACCACAAACAUCUGCCUUGCCAGACCUUUUGGCCAAUGCUCAUGAAGUCAGUACUACUACAGACAAGGCUUUGAAUAUGGAAAUCGUGGUAAAGUGCCUAACAACACUACAGCAUUUGUUCUCAUGGUUGCCACUGUCAUCGCAUGUACCUCCUUCGUUAGUUACCACUGUGUUUUAUUGGGGCAGUAUAGCCACACAAUCUCAGAGCGUGGAGGCGGCGCUGUGCGGGCUGGGCGGCGUGUGCGAGCUGCUGUACCGGCGGUACGCGCCGCCGUCGUCCGCGGCCACGGCGCUGCGCCUGCAGCACUGCGCGCUGCGCCUGCUGCGCCACCUCACGCACACGCCGCACGCCAUCCUGCACGCGCACCACGAUUACCUUAACAAGUUAGCAGAGUUCCUGAAACUAUUUAUUUCAUUGCAUUUCAAGAGGCUGGAGGCGGAGCCCGAAUUUGAUGCCAUAGAAUUCUUGUCAUAUCUAUUCCAAUAUACAUUCCAGGUUCCUACGUGUGCUAUAUUUGUAAAUUGCUUAGAUAUAUGGAUACAAUUUAUGGAUAUUCUAAAACCCGAAGAUACACCAAAAUAUUGGGAAGCAUUGCAAGCACUUGUAAAUGGCGUGUUGAACAAAAUCCAGUUUCAACACAACAAAGCUCAGUUACAACACCUUGAUAACGACGUGUGUGACGAUGACGGCGAGACUGAAUGGCAAACAUUCCUGAAACACUGUAUAGAAUGUAUAGCUCGGGUUGCGGAAUUGGCCCCGUUAGAUGUAUUCACCAUCGUGCUGGAGCGCUGGCAGUGCCUGGCGGGCGUGCACGCGCGCGCGGCCACCCGCGGCGGCGAGGGCGAGCGCCUGCUGGCCGCGCUGCUCGACCUCGCCACGCUCACGCGCGUGCUGGGCCGCCUCGCGCCUGCACUGCUAGCAGAGACGGAGAGCAGCCGGCGCGCGACGGGCUGGGCGCUGGGCGCCACGCUGGUGGAGCGCUGCGGCGCGGCGCUGGCGGGGGCGGCCCUCACGCGCCCGCACCGCGCCGCUGCGCACGCGCAUCAUGCGCAUGCGCAUGUGCAGGUACACGCGGAGAUGUUCGCCUGUAUGGGCGCUUGGUGUUGUUACGCCAACGAGUGUGGUGUUCCUGUCCAGACGAUGGAAGGGCUGUUCACAUCUGCUGUGCCUUUCCUACUGCCUCAUGAAAUACCGGAACCACCGCUACUAUGUCAUGCCGCCGCGCAUUUGCUGUUAAGUCUUGCGAAGAUUGUGAAGUUCAACAGCGAUCCGGUGGUGCUGGCCGGUGACUUGUAUGAGCACGCACAAAGAUCUUUGCAAUACCUUGAGCCAAAGACGGCGGGCGUGGUGCGCGAGGCGCUGGUGUCGCUGUCGCUGCGCGGCGGGGGCGCGGCGGGGCGCGCGCUGCUGGCGGCGUGGGGCGCGGCGCUGGGCGCGGCGGGGCCCGCGCGCGCCCUGCCCCCGCUCACCGCGCUGCUGCACGCCUUCGCCGCCGCACCCACCUCCUCCAAGAAGGUGAUAGCUGAAGGAAUACAGAGUGCAGCGGAAACUGCGCUUCGUAUGUUGUGCGAGCCAACGUUCGCUACUGCUGAACCGGAGAUCACGGAUUUUUUCCUCGCUCUGUUUACCGCCCUACUGCCACAAUUGGGCAAUUUCGCAUACACCGCCAUCGACGUAUUCCUAGAAGUUGCUCAAAGGGGCGGCGGCUCGGGCGGACUGGAGCGGCUGGUGGAGUGCGUGCGGCUAGGCGUGGAGGCGGGCGGCGGCGGCAUGCUGGUGCGGGCCGUGCUGGCGCUGCUGCAGCGACACGUGCUGCCGCGCGCCUCCUGCGACCAGCCCGACCUGGCGCGCGCCGCCUACCGCCUGCUCGCCAGUGUGCUGAUCCACCGAUGGCGAUACUUCUUCCCCAACAAGUGUGAGGAAGCUGAGAGCAGCGCACGCGCAGACGAACUUCGCGGCGCUCUAUCAGCGUUAGGCCGAGCUCUGCUGCAGCCGGAUAUCGAGCUUUUGCGACUCAACAUCGAUACUCUUGACUCACUUAAUACUAAGUGCAAGCUGUACCAUAAGGUGAUGUUCCGCACGGAGUUCCUGGGCGAGUUCCUGUCGGUGCUGCUGCUGGGGCUGGCGGAGGGCGGCUGGCGCUCGCUGGCGCGGGACGAGGUGACCGCGGCGGUGCACGCCAUGGCCACGGUGGACUUCCCCGCGUUCCGCACCGCCUUCCUGCCGCACUUCCUCGCGUCGCUGCCCGGCCUCUCGCCCGAGCACCAGCACCAUCUCGCGCAGUUCCCGCCGGACACGGACCUGCCAACUUUCACGCAGAAUAUUCAACGCCUGAUGAACGACGUGAACUGUUACCGCGCAUACAGCUCACUGGCGCCCGUCGGUAUGGCGUCAUAGCAUCUCCUCGCAUUUCACAUGUUGCUGUGAUAUGGACCACAUUGUGAUAUCUUACUAUAGAUUUGUAGUUCUUUGUAAACAAAUCGACCAUUUUCAUAUUUCUUGGGUGUAUGUAUGACAUUUGAAAGAGACAAUAUUCUCCAGAUCGUUUGGUUUUUUGACAUUUCGAGUAGCGACUAGCGCGGACGUUGACCUUUAUUUGAAGUGUUAUCAAUGAUCUCAAAGUUUUUGGACUUGAUCAUGACAAGGCUAUAAGACAAGGUUAGCUUUGAAGACGACAAAACUGACCUUUUCAGUCAUUAAAAUUGUUCAUGCGUGACAUGUUUCAAGGAGUUUUUUUUUACAUAUCAGUUGAUUCAUCAUUACUGGGCAACCUAUUCCGGUAUUAACCAUUGCCGAUUAAUUCAGUGCCCCGUACUGAAUAACGGAACACUCACAAUCAACAUAAUAAAUUUCCAGUUAUUGUGUUGGCAGAAUGCUGUAUCCAUCGGCGAUUGUAACUAGAAUUGGGUCCGUUUUACUUUUUAUCUGGAUGAGUUGUUAACUUUGUCGUUUAGACUGGGAUAUUGAAUCAAAUAGAAAGCUACAUUAUUGGCAACUGAAAUAUUUAUGUUUCCAUGGGGUUUGCUUGUUUCUGAGUUAAAUGCUAUAUUGAAUCUUUUUGGACAUGGUUUUAUUAUUGAUCAUUACCUAAUUUUUUUGAGAACAGGACCAUUAUUAUUAUACAAUAAGAUAGUGAAAUUCGUUGGGAAUCUGUCAUACAUACUGUAAUGAAAAACAUAAGAUAGAAACAAGUACCUUUUUUAUGAAUGCAAAAACGUUACAGUAGGUUUUCUAAACUGGGUUGGGGAAAUGCUUUAUUUUAGUUUUUAUCUCAAGUUAAUGAGCUAGCUGUUGCUUAUUUUAUGCUGCAAUAUUAGAAUUGACAAGUAGUUGUUAUGUUACUCGAAUCUGAGCUGACAUUUAGUUGGCAUUAUUAUUUGUGGGUAGUUAGGACUUACUAUGGAAGGUAAUUAAUGAAAAGGGUGAAUCAUUGUUGAUAGAAAUAAGUACUAAUUAUUUUAAUUGAAUAAAAUUAGGUAUUUUAUUUAAUUUUAUCUCUAGUUUUACUAUCACGAAUACUGUUUACCGAGACUUAGUUCUUGGUUAAAUUUGGCAUAUAAGACUGUAUAUAUAUAUUUGUUUAAGCUAAUUCCAUAUACUACAAUAGAUGCCUGGUUUUGUUUAUGCUUAAUUAAAUAUAUACAAUCGUGUUUGCCAUUUGAGUUUACAAAACAAAUCAUUUACUUGCAUUUAUAAAAUAUUAUAUUGUAUUAGUAUGAAGCAAACUUUGAAAAUAGUGUUUACUAGUCAUUGGAAGGGUUUAUAUGUAGGUUUACGUGUUUGAUACGAAUCUGUUGAGAAAAUCUUUGAAUUCGAUAGGAUAGAGAUGAUAGCUGAUUUAUGUCAGAAGACAUUUUAUUAGUAUAAAAUUUGUUGCAACCUACAACACUGCAUAUGCAGCAAAAAUCUACAAAAUUAUAAAACCUCAUGCAAAAGUCUAAACUUUUACUAGGCUUAAAUUUGUUGGUGAAGCAAUAAAACCUUUAGUAAUACCUUGAUUCAUAUUAGGUUUUAACCAGCAGCACUAAGCCCCUUAUUUUAUACACAAACGGAUAUUGGUAUUCACGUCCAUCUGUAUAAAGGAUUUUACAGUCUAAAGAACUGAGUUUUAAUUAAACUGGGGUUUACGCGGCAUAAAUAAAAUUAUGUAAUUUGACAUGCAUGUUAUUAUAAAUCCUUUCUAUCCUCGUUGACAAACGUGAUACCGUUUAGAUUGCCUUUUAUCAUGUUUACUUAAAAACUAAAUUACUUUUCAUUUUUAAAUGCAAUUAUUUACAUUAUUUGUAGAAAACGUAGAUAGGGUUUAAGAUUGGAAUGGUAAGGUCAACGCAUUAUAAGAUAAAUCAAUAAAGGUCAGAAAAUUUUUAUACUUAAAAAAAUAUAAUAUACAUUGUAAAAGCCGUCGCACCAGACACCUAAUAGACCUAUGCAACUUAUGCAGGUAAUCCUUAUCUUUUAGUGGUUCAAAUACUCUUUGCUUUAUAGAUAUGAUCAAUUUCGUACAUUUUACUUUUAACAGAAAUUUCUGUCCCCUAAAAUAUUAGACGUAGACCACUUGCUUGCUUUGAGCGCAUUUAUUGGUUUUAUCGUUUUAUUUAAUUAUUUUAAUCUCUUUUAUCUGCGAUUAUUUUCUGGUGUUCUGCUGUGGCGGUUGAAGUACUGUAGUUUUGUUAGUGACACAAAUUUUUGAUUGUUGUGUUUUAUAUGAAACAAAAUUAUAGAGUAAAUGAUACCUUGGUUAUUUCGAUUUAUUUAGUUUUUGGUAUUUUAUGGUGCAAAACACAAGAAUUUACAAGGUUAAAUUGUUUAACAGAAUUUGGAUAAUACAUAGUUUUAUGUUCUACUUAUAUUUCUGUAUGCUUAUUAAAAAAAGGAAAAUAAAUAAACCUAGUUGUUGUA